ACAUUCAUAUAACCAGAAUCAUCUUUGUAUUUCCCUACUGUUGUUCAGCAGAUAUGCCUGUCCGCUAGACUUUGAAGAUUACAACUUGCGAGUGAUCAUUUUUAUAAGUAAAUUGACAUGGAUUUUCAGUUCAAAAGUGAUUUAAUCAACAUUAGUUGUCUUAUUGAUAUUGGAUUAAAAAAAAUCUUGCAUUGUUUUUCUUUAAAAAAAAGUUAUUUUAAUUAAAUGAUGUGAUUAAGUGUAAAUUGAAAUGAUUUAAGAAACUCCAUUGUGAGUGUAAGACAUGUAGGUUACUGGUUACUGUGUACUUACCUUUUACAUGUACUUAUUCUUUUAGCCCAACCGUCUACGAGUGCAGCGGCGGCGGCGGUCCACCACGAGGGUAUGCUGACACGGAAACACGAGUGGAAGAAUGACGAAAAGAAGGCUACCAACAGGUCCUGGGACAAAGUGUAUGUGGUCUUGCAUGGUAACACACUGUCCUGUUACAAAGACAAGAAGAAGCAGGAUCGUAUCCACCACGAGCCUGUACUCAGUCUGGCCAGUGCUGCCUGCCGCAAGGCCAUUGACUACACCAAACGGCCAAAUGUGUUCCGUGUGAAGCUCGCCACUGGCGGCGAGUACCUCUUCCAUGCUAAAGAUGAG